AUGCAAGGCUUUGUCGCUCGUCAGAGAACCGGCAGUCCUGCCGCUGGUCAGCCUCAAGGCAAGCCCGACCGCCAAGCCAAUGCAGCAAACGCGAGGGUAUCAAUAAGAAACGGACAUCCCGUUCAGCAACCUCAAUCGACUUCUGGUAUUCCGGCGCGCGGACUCAACAUUACCCAGAACAGCUCCGCCGUCUUACAGCCGCCCCUCCAAAAUCGACAAUCAGGUCCGGGUCCAAGUCAGAAGCGUGAUCUCUACGACACUGAUGCAGAGAGUCUUGACACUACUGUGAACCCAUCUGUCGUACAGGUCGAAGAUAGUCAACAGAAAGAGCAGCACUACCAACAGCAAGAUCAUGUCGUCAAUCUUGGUGGCACUUCGGAGAUGGAGGGAGAAGACGAUGACAAUGGAGACGAGCUAGAGGAUAUGGAAGACGGAUCUGAAGAUUAUGACGACGAAAUGGUGCAAAUGAACCAAGAAUUCAUUCAUGCGAGCGGAGUAGCACAUCUUACUUACGAUGAGCAAGUCGCCUUUUUGCAUCAGGCAGGGCGCGGUGGACUCCCAACAGUCCGAGGCGACUCGUAUCCCCCGACUACCAAUGGUGAGCCAUCCGAGUGGGAAGGCGGGCCGGAAGCACUCUCCAACUACCAAAACGAGUUUGUUCCCAGUUCCCCUCCGCCUCAACGUCAGAACAUAAACAAGCAAGCUGCACGCAUGCCGGCGUCCCAUGUCCCGCAACAACAGCAACGGCGAAACAUGCCAAUUGCCAGCCAGGAUACGCAGCAGGCAUCGGGUUUGUUUCAGCAUAGUGCGCAGCUCCGCGAGCAGUCUCGCACUGCCGCGCCUUCCCGGCAGGCUGGAGGUCAAAAUGUUCAGCAUCACGCCCUCGCCCUUCCCACCAGUCAACACCAAGCCUAUAAUCCGGACAAGCAUAAUAGCACCGCCAACCUGCCGAUGUAUUCGGGUCCUCAUCCUAGUACCCAGGUACAGCCCAGCAAAUCUCAGCAACACCUUGUUCGACAGUCUUCUGGCCCCAGGACGCAGCCCCCACCCAGGAACAAUGCCAUGCCCAGUGAGCCUCAUGCGCCUCAAAAGCGCCAGCCUCUAGUACCGGCUAUACAUGAACCCGUCGCGAAGCAGCAAUCGGUCGAACAAGCGCCGAUCGAGGAGCCUGAGGUUGUCUCCCAUGAAGACUACGACCACACGACGCUGUUCGGGAUGAGUUACGAGCAGCUUAGGAACGAAAGCUUCGAUACUGAUCCCCGUGCCCGGCCGUCUGUGCUCUCAAAGGAGGAUCUUCAGAAGCCUCUGGUCGAGCGUCUAGAGUUAGUACAGCAGAACCCAGAUGCCGUUCAGCAAUCCGAGUUCUUCCAAUCACUGCCCACAACCGAAUGGGAGGAUGCUGGCGACUGGUUCCUCGAUCGAUUCCAAGACAUCAUUCGGCGCACAAAGGAGGCAAGGCAAAAGAAACGCAAGCUAGCGCAGGAGUUUGAGGCAGAAGUUGAGAAGCGACACGAGCACGUUUCAAAGCGGCAGCAUCAAGUUCAGCAGGCGAUGGAGAAGAUGAAGUCGCAGGGUGAGGGUCUAGUGCCUAGGAGCCCAAGAUCCAGGAAAGGAUAG